CUAUCACUUCUCUCCUCCUUUCACAACUUCCAUCACUUGACUGAGCUGUCUAUCCAGACUCUAAAAGAAACUGAAGACACAGUAUCCAUGACCAACACGAUGACAUCAACGGUCCUCAUCAGCUUCCUGGCCUGUCUGCUCCUGGCCAAUGUAGAAGGCCAGGUGGGUCAUUCUAAAGCUCGGUGCCAGUGUCUGAAUGGACUGGUGAACCACGUUAAACCUCUUCACAUUGAGAAGCUCGAGGUGUACACCUCCAGCCACUCCUGCAGGAACAUGGAGAUCAUUGUCACUCUGAAGAACGGAGAAGGGAAGAAGUGUCUGAAUCCAGAGGCUCCAUUUGCAAAGAAAAUCAUUGAGAAAAUAAUGAACAAACAAAGGAGUGUGCAGUAAAUCUGUGAACUAAUGACACCAAUCCCAUUGAGAACUUGAUGGAACAGAGAGCACCAUGAGAGAGAGCUCAUCCGGAUUAAUUACCACAGUUGAGUCAAUGCACUGAAGACUGCCUGAGUACGUUUACACUCUUUAAUGGUACUUAGAAAGUCGUGUUUUAAAUUGACAAAAUUGGUAUAUCUUACACCAUAUGACUUACUAGUUGAGAGACAUUCAUAACAUCUUCCAAUGGAAACUUAAAUAGGCUGACAUUUAAGUUUUUUUAGGUCAGUUUAAUCUUUUCUUGAAUGUUCAAUUGUUCAUUGUUCAUUUAUGCAAUUGAAAAUACAAAAAGCAUGUAAAUAUGUAGGUAUAUUUUUUCAUUUUGGAAGGUCAAGACUUGAAAUGUUUUACAUUUUGUUUAGUGAUCAAAAUGAUCAACAUCUGUGUAAAUACUGUAUAUUCUAUAUGUGUUGUUUACUUUUUCUAUCAAAAUAUUAAAAACGCAUUUGACUCUA